GCUAACUAGGACCGCAAAUGGCGAUAGUAGAGGAGAUAGACCCCGACGCUGGAGGCUCAGGAUACAUUGGGAGCUCCCUGGAAGAGCUCCUGCAGGGCCUUGUCAAGCUCUCGAAAGAUCUUGCGCUGCCUGAUACCCUUGUGUCAGGCUUCAUGAAGCAAGUGGAUGAACUUGGGCUGAAGCCUUAUAAAAUUAAAUCUCUGCAAAUUGUCAAAGAAAUGGCGCCAAAAAUCAAAGAAAUCGAAACGGAUUGGGGCUGGGACGAAGUAUCGACCGAUAACCAGAUCAGAAUACUUGGAAAUAUCAUAAGACUACAUGGUAUCGACUCCUGGUCAUCCACAGAGAUGUGCAACAGUAUAAAUGACAUCUCGCCUCAUCUACCCUCUUCUCUCCCAUUGAACCUCCUCCCCACUCUUCGCCCGUACUUUGCACCCCACCCCUCCCUUUCCUCUGCUUCGAGACCCCUCAAAACUCCAACUGGAGGUAAAGAUGCCAACAUGGAUAUGCAUGAGAUCCAACCCUUCAAAUCAGCUGCUGGCUGGGGCGCACACAACAUCCUCCGUUGGUGUGCCUCCAGACUGACCCCAGGCGAGGUGGAGAAGAACCUUGGCCUGGUACUUCCUCCUACAUUGGUUAUGAUGGAUGAUUACGAGCCCUCUUGGAGGGAAACUGGAGCGGCUGUGCUGGAAAGCUGGGUGUUCAAGCUUGACUCAGCCGUCUUGCGCCGCAUGGGACUUGAUGCGCUCCUGCUCAAAUCACUCAUUCACACCCUCUCCCUCCAUCCUAACCCACCAGUGUACAAGGUGUUACCCAUAACCCUCCAUCUCAUUGAGCAUACCAAUCUUCCUGAUCAAAAACGGACUGAACUAUACGGAGAGAUCAUGGAAAAACAUUUUGUCCAAGGCUGGGUGUAUGCACCAUCUGGCAUUGAGGGUAAAGUAUCGGUGGGUCUAGCAAAAGAGUUGAUAAUCAUGUGCGAUCUCCUCGGACCUGGUAUUGUACGUUGGCUCAAGAGUAUCAUUCCCCAUCUUCUCGAUCCAAUCCAGUACCCGCCUACGCCGCCCGUCAUUCCACAUUAUAAUUCUAACCUCACCGCAUUAUUGCAUCUCAUGCGUACAAUAAGGUCUACGGAGAGGUUAUCUAGAUGGAGAGGGCAGGUACUGAACAUUUUAAGUAGAUUAUGGGCGCAAUGUCAAGAAAGGAAAGGGGUUGAAGAUACAGAAGGGGAAGCAAUGCUCAAGCCAUUAGAAGACCUUAUCAAAGAGUUAUUUAAAGAGAUUGCUCUCCAAACACCCUCGGUGACCGAAGUCGAAUACCCUCAGCUUCUCUCUAUUUCCAUUACGAUGUUCAAAGAUCUCAUUGCGGCAUCAACAUAGAGCAACAUUACAGUGUCCAUUUUAUCUUCCUGUUGUAUCCGAUUACAAGAACAAUAUUAAUGCAAUGCAUGUGGACUUCGUUCCGCCAUCAAUGAAAGAACUUUGCGCUUCUUUAAUCUACUCCUUGCUCCUCGAUA